CUUACAGAAGGAUUAAGUUCUCAAGCAGUCCUUAUGCUGGAGUUAAAGAAUUCUUUAGAGUCUCUGACUGAGAAACUCAGGUCUUUACUUGACUUUGAAAACCAUUCCUCUGAAGUACUAGUUGCCUGAGCUAAACUUAUACAAAUGAUUGAAAUAUGUCAGGCCCUGAGAAACAGACUGCAAAGAAAUCAAGCAACUGCUAUGGAUAAUCUUGCAUUAUUGUGGAUGAUAUCAGGAAGAAACCUAGAAAAACAACCUAUGACCCUCAUAGACCUUUGCUAUGGGAAGACAGAAAAUUUAAACCUACGAUAUCUGAGUGCUCUGGAAGGAAAACUCAGCAAGUUGCUCAAACACCUGCUUGCCAUGAGGCAAACACUGAGCUUCAUACUUGCCCCAGGACAGGAGUCCUGUGAGAAAGCUCAUCAGAUACUACCAACUGUUGUUUAUGCUAGAUUGCUAAAUCAUGUGACUAGAUGUCAUCAAUCUCUGGAGGAAUGCUGCAGCGACUUGCUUGUUUUGACACUUAUUGUACCAUCUGCACCGUGGGUAAAACUGGAGCACUCCUUGAGCCAAGAAUUCACUGUGGAGAAUGUACUUGCAAUAUUGCCUGCAUUUCCCAAGGGGGCCCCUCAGCAACGGGCCAAAAGGGCUGCAGAAACCCUGGUGAAAGCUUGUAAUUAUUCCAGAUUAAUGGCAAUGCAACAGAUACAUGCUCUGCAAGCUGAACUCAAUUUCCAUAGAAGCAUGUACAACCUCCAAGUUAAGUACACUGAAGCUGUUUUUGAGGGGAUAAAGCAAGCCUACCACACUUUUCAAGAGAAUGUUGUCAGUUCUAUGUUCACCGCUACAAGAUGUUCUUUCUUCUUACAUAAACCUUAAAGCGGAAGCUUCAGAGGUUGCUUUAAGGGAUUUUCUCACUGCUUUUAAAAACAAUGCCAAAUAGAUCCAAGAUACAGUUGACACUUUGACUCCAUCAAAGAAUCAGCAGCACAAAGGUGAUGAGGCCCUGUCAAGGUUUGGAAAAGAAUUCUUCCUCUCUUUGGAGCAUUCACUCAAAGACUGUGGGGAACAACGGGAUAAAGCAACCAGUGAAAUGGAAACCUUACAAACUGAACUGGUACUGGCCUUUGAAAACCUUCAGAUCUUAAGAAAGGAACGAAAAGAGAAGAAAGCAGAAUCCAUUCCUCAUUUUUCAAAGUCUGAAGGAGGGGAGAGUGCAGGAGGAGGAGCUGCAAGUGGCUUGGAUAAGAUUUCAAAAGAUAACCCAGUGCCAGAUUCAACACCUCUGCUGCCUCCACACAGUGAGAGUCUUUUGCCCAAACAUGUGUCUGCGAUGGCAGAAGCAUCUAGCAACUCAUCAGCCAAGCUGCAGCAGCAGAGUUCUAAGGGGUUAGCCCUUCACCAGAAGGGGAAGAGCUCCCACAGGAGUAAGAGCAUGAAGACCCCACUGCAAGGCCACCUUGGCAAGAUUAACCAUCACUUUAUCUUUAAUAUCUUUUUCUUCAAAAAUGGUCUGAGCUAGUUUGUAAUAUUCUGUGUUAUGAUGAACUCCAGGGGCAAGGGGCAGUCCUGCAAGGUGUUGGGAAAAGAAUUAAGUCAAGGGGGCUGAGGGCAUUCAACACCUUGUAAAUGGUGUUGGAAAUCUCAUAGGGGGCCCGAUCAAAGCUCAUUGAAGUCAAUGACAGAAUUCCCAUCCAUGGGCUUUGGAUCAGGUCCUUAGUAUUCAUGCUAGAAUGCAUGAAACCAGGAGGACAGAAAUAGAGGGCUGGUGUUAAACGAGAAUGAAUAGCUUUUGAAGAGGUAAUAUACGCACUCAGCACAUGGACUGUACUAAUGUUAUGCUGGAUGUAUGUGCUGUUUCAUCACAGAUGUGUUUUUACACUUUAUGAAGAUUAUAGAAUGACUAAAAAAAUAAAUCACUGGCACCAGGCUUGGUUUUGUUUCAUUACCAAAAAUACAUAGUGGGCUUGACAGACCACAACCAUCUGACAAAUGUUUAUAAAUUUGUUUUUAUUUGACUUGGCAUCUGUGUUGAAAGGAAAUCCCUCUAGAUUCCCAUGCUCGCGUGAAUGAUAAAACUCUUGAAUGCCCCAAAUUACUACAUAUGCAAGGAGAAAAGGAUUGAGUUCACAAUGUUUACUGAUAACAAAUGGUUUUUGGAGAGCCUUACUUUACUGAGAACAACAAUGUAAAUAAGUCAGAAUUGAGUGUGCAAUGUUUCCUGUUUUUAAAAUUUGAUAUUAUAUUUUUAUUCUAAAUCACUUUUUUGUUAAUUCUAAAGAUUAUAAAGUUUUAUUUUCUGGUGAAUGAAAAACUGAAGUUGUAGACAUAGUAUUUUUGUUGUUCUAGUAAGAUCGGAAGGUCCAUUGGAGCAUUUAACUUUCCAAAGAGCCUUGAUGUUGGGAUGGGUGCAGACAGGAAUGCAAUAACUGAAAUAUAUUUGCUUGUGUCAUUUUUCUCUGUUCUACCAAAAGCAAGUGUUCUGCAAUGAUUACACCAACCACUUCAAGCAGGGGCGGCUCUAUGUUUUUUGCCGCCCCAAGCACGGCAAUCAGGCGGGCUUCGGCGGCAUCCCUGCAAGCGGUCCGUGGUCACGCGGAUUCGGCGGUGUUUCUGUGGGUGGUUUGCUGGUCCUGUGGCUUUGGCGUACUUGCCGCCGAAUUGCCACCGAAACUGCGGGACCAGCGGACCUCCCACAGGCACAUUGCCUGACUGCCACCCUCACAGCAGCCAACCCACUGCACUGGUGUCUGGAGCCUCCCCUGACUUCAAGAGAACUGCUGUGAAUUCAUAAGUGUGAUUAAUUCGCUGGCUGUAAUAGAGUAACAGAGUAAACUUAGUCAAAAGACCAGUGUUUUGGGUUUGCUUUUUUAAUGUCUUGGUGCCAGUCAUAUGUCAGAAAGACAGGAAGCGAGAGCUUAUUCAUUAACUUGGACUGAUUUUUCCCUGUGGGGCCAGCUGGGCGGCAGCCCUGGACCCCGCCAUGCGGGGAUGGCAGAGUGGCAGCCGCAGACCCCAUCAGACCCCGCCAUGCAGGCAGCCCCAGACCCCGCUGGACUCCGCCACAUGGGGCUGGUAGAGUGGCAGACCCGGAACCCGCCGCUCUGGACUCUGACCCCACUGUGCCACACCGUGCCCUGUCCAGCCAGGCAGCCCAGACCCCAAGGUGCUGGGCAGCCAGGCAGCUAGUAACCCAGCCCCAUAGCCUUUAGCACACAGCUGGGCUGCAGCUGUGUGCUAAUUGGGCUAUGGGUUAAGAACCGCUGAUCGAGAGCUUCAGAGCCUACGGAGGAAAUCUCCAAACAGCAGGAGAUUGAGCCCAAAGAGAAGACCACAACACCAACUCACUUUUCUUCCUUUUCUUCAGAUAAGGCCGUAAUGCCCCUUCCUCCAUCCAUGGCAGCCAAUUUAAGGUCCUUGCAGGACCUUACAAAGAGGAUGGCAGAUUCAGUACAAAUCCCUCUUGAGAUGAGGGACACCCACCAUAAACUGCUGGACAUUCUACAUACUUCCUCCUCCUCAAGGUGGAAGGUUGUGAUGUGGAGGAUUGAGGGCAUGAUGAUUUACACCUCUGAAUUUUAGACUUUUUCCAUUGUGGCUCAUAAUAGCACUGUAAUGGGUACUGGGUUGGACAUGACUUUUGGGAAGGCUGAGGGGUAAAUUUCCUUUUUUGCCUAGCCCCAGUGAUUGAAGUGUGGCUCUGGAGUCUUAUGGCGCAUGGCAUCGGUCUUAUCUGCAAACAAUUUGAAGGGGAGAUCCUCGACAGUGAUCUGAACUUCCGUCCCCCCCUGCCACUUCAGGAACCCCUCUCAUGAGAGACUAUUAAGACAUAGAUCAUCUCCUAUCUCUAGGAGCCAUAGACACAUCUAUGCCUGCACAUCUCUGAGGCAAAGGGGUUUUAUUCCUGAUAUUUCCUGAUCCCCAAGAAAAAGGGAGGUUGGAGACCCAUACUGGACCUCAGAGCACUGAACAAAUAUGUGAAGGCUCAAAAAUUCAAGAUGGUCACAUUAAUAGUGAUUAUUCCAUCCACGGAACAGGGAGAUUGGUUCUUGGCCCUUGACCUUCAGGAUGCCUACUUUCCACAUAUUGAUUCUACCGGCCCACAGACGAUUCCUCCCAGGAGCGCUGCCAGAUUUUCUGUCGCCCUAGGAAGGUCCCGCCCCAAAAUGCCGCCCCUCACAGAGGCGGCAGAAGGUCCCGCCACCGAAAUACCGCCACAGUUGCCAUCCUCCAAAUUGUGCCCUAGGCGACUGCCUAGGUCACCUAAUGGGUUGCGCUGGCCCUGAUUCCUCCAGUUUACCCUAGGUCAGGACUACUACCAGUACAGAGUACUGCCUUUUGGCCUCUCAUGGGCCCCCAGAGUAUUCUCCAAGUCUUCUCCAUAGUAGUGGCACACUUACGCACCCUGGGGAUCAUGAUCUACCCAUUCUUGGAUGACUGUCUCUUCAGGGCCCGUUCCUUUGAAGACACCCAUAGGACAACAGACUUGUUCAUGAAGGUAGAACUGCAGGGCAGGGUGCCUGCUUGGGAGGGGGAGCUAAAAUUCUACCUGCUAUAAGUCUCCAAACCCUCCCCCUUGACACCUAUAAUCACAGGUGUCAGAUACAAAGUAAUGGCUGACACCAGAUAAGUCUAUCGGGGCAAUUGGGGAUAGAGGUCACUGCCUCAUCACCCAGAAAACAUAAACAGGGAAAGAGUGUGUGCCAGGAGCUGCUUGUGGGUAGGGUGGGGAUAGUGAAACUUGCCAGGCACCUUACAAAACCAGACAGUUUUGUUACGAUUCACUUGAUGUUAUGUUCAAUCAAACCUGGAACUCCCAAAGAACCUCAUGUGGUAAAGUGAUCCAUUUAUGCCAGGUGCAACAUUGAGGGAUUCAAGCUACUGGCGUCUGUAAGGGGCAUCAAAUGGAGAGACAUGACUGCAUGAAGGCCCAAUAUACCAGGCUGCAUCUUUGCCAGGGUAACCCAUCCCAGGGUAGGAUUUCACCAGUGGCUGCUGGUCCCAGUGGAGUAGUACCUUUGGUUUCUGCUAUGGUAUAGAUUACCUAGCACACAAUGGUCUAAGUCACUUUUAGCAAGGACAUCCUACCUUGCUUAGAUUUGGCUGAUUUGGCUCACUUUAUUAUUUAACAAAAGCAGUGGCUAAUUUGACCCCUCACUCUGUAUCUUCCUUUAUUUGUGAC